AUGUGGGAGAAGAAGACUGGCAGGACCUUGCAGAAGGAGCACGUCCCAGAGGAGGACAUUCUGAAGUGGAUCAAAGAAGCGGCGUUCCCUCUCAACAUACUGCUGAGCCUGGGGCUCUCCACCUUCGUCAGGGGCGAGCAGGCCAACUUCGACAUCGACCCGGCGGUUGGCGUGGAGGCCACCCAGCUUUACCCUGACGUCGCCUACACAACCGUCGAUGAGUACCUCAACCGCCUUAUUUAA